AUGCUGAACAGGAGACCAGCAGCAGGUUCAUCAGAGCACCAGCUCAUGUGUGCUUCCCUCCCUGUCACUGACAACUUCUCCCACCCAGAUCUGUUAGAUGGAUGUGACAGGAAUCCAUGGAGGGCGCAGGUGGAAAAUGAAGAAUACUGCCCAUUUGCCUUGGGAAAUGUCAUCUGCUUUACCAUUGACAAGCUCAAAAGAAUACUUUCAGCUACCCCCUAUGUCACACCACCUGCUCCUUUCUGUCUACCAAGACCUAACCACACACUUCCACUGGAUCUGCUGGAAUCACUAGAUGAGCUGCUAGCAAAUGCUCAUAUCAAAUUGAAGGAGAGCGCUACCAAGCACCUGAAGGAUUCCUACUCUUUCCCCAACUCCAAUAACAGUGAUGGGGUCCCUCAGCUCGUUCAAGGGACCACAAACCUGACCAUCCCUGUCCCCCAGAUGCAAUCCCCAGAGCUGUUCUACCAUACUGUCCAUAAUCCAGACAGUCCAGUUGCACACCCUGGUAUAGGGUACUUUAAAGAACCAGAUCUUUUCUGCAGUGGAUUCACUGGAGCUCACAUCAGGAAGCGCAACCCCCCAGAGUUCCAUGUAGCAUUCCAGCUCUCUUUCCCACCAGCUGACCUGCAAUGGGAAGAAGCAAGGAUGAAGGGGACAUACAAUAGGGAGAGGAGAGAAGGCCAACCCAUGAGAUAUGGGGAUGGGAGAGAGCAAGGGUGGAUACAGUACAAAAAUGGUGGUAGGGGUUGGAAGCGGCAUUUGUUUCAUGCUGCCUGGUGGGAAUUCAUCUGGAGAUUCGACUGUAAUGGUGGCAAUCGUAUUAGGGAGAAGGUCUGGAAGAAUGUGUACUCCAAACUUGUUUGGGCAUCCGAUUCUGACCUUUCACAAAUGUGGUACACAACAUCCAAUGCCAAAAGUGCAGAGACCUUCCCUGCAGAUAUGGCAGGUCAAAGGCUUCCCAUAAUCAUUCUCAAUCCUUUGAUCGAUGAUAAGGCUAUGUGGGAUGGAUCUUGGAUUAGGAGGGGGGAAUGGUUUCAAUUUCAUUAUCAUUUUUUCAUGAUUGGAGAGUGGGAGAGCCACUCUGGCCUUGGGGCCCCAGGGAAGCAAGACAGGGGCCAGCUGGAUCGUAGUGGGGUCCCAAAACUCAGCCAAAUAGUCGAAAAUGUUUGUGAAGAGCCCCAGGGAGAUUCAGUUCAUGCAUCCAACCCACCUAUCAAGACUUCAUUCACAACGAGGUGCUCAGUAUACAACAAGUUUUGGUCACUUGAAAACAUGGGGAGUGGAUGA